GCUUCCGGCUCUACCGGUUGCUGGGCGACGCGGCGGCGCGGGGUGGCGGCCCGGAAGACUGCGCGCUGAGCGGAGGCGGGAGGACCUGGCGCCGAGGCCCGGCCGCCCCUGCGGGGACGUCGUAGGCUACGCCACUCUCCAGGGCUCGGGCCGCUCACCGCGUGGCCGGGCCGGGUCUGCACUCGGUUCCGAACCGGGAGGGGCCGGCCUCUCAGUGCCUGCAGGGGACCGGACUUAGCAACUUUGCGCUGCUCUAAUUAAAGUGCACAAUGGCCAGUAAUCACAAAUCUUCAACCCCUCGCCCGAUUUCAAGGGGUGGAAUUGGGUUACCAGGAAGGCCUCCUUCUGGAAUAAGACCCCCAUCAGGAAAUAUUCGAGUGGCAACUGGAAUGCCACCAGCAACAGCAAGACCAGGUUCUCGUGGUAGCCUUGUAGGGACUGGUGGAGUUUUGUCAUCUCAGAUCAAAGUUGCUGAUCGUCCUGUAACCCAGCAAGGCUUGAGUGGAAUGAAAACUGGGAUGAAAGGUCCCCAGAGGCAAAUUUUAGACAAGUCUUACUAUCUUGGACUUCUUAGAAGUAAAAUAAGUGAACUUACAACUGAAAUUAAUAAACUUCAGAAAGAAAUAGAAAUGUACAAUCAAGAAAAUUCAGUGUAUUUGUCAUAUGAAAAGAGAGCAGAAACUUUAGCUGUUGAAAUUAAAGAGUUUCAAGGACAGCUAGCAGACUACAACAUGUUGGUAGAUAAACUUAAUACCAGUACUGAAAUGGAAGAAGUAAUGAAUGAUUACAACAUGCUUAAAGCUCAAAAUGAUCGAGAAACACAAAGUAUGGAUGUCAUAUUUACCGAAAGACAAGCGAAAGAAAAACAAAUUAGAGGUGUAGAAGAAGAGGUUGAACAAGAAAAGCAAGCAGCAGAUGGAAUUAUCAAAAAUAUGUCUCCUGAGAAACAAAUCAAAUACAUAGAUAUGAAAACUACAAAUGAGAAAUUACUGCAGGAAUUAGAUACACUGCAACAGCAACUAGAUUCAUUGAACAUAAAAAAGGAGAGCCUGGAAACUGAAAUAGCGCACUCCCAGGUAAAGCAGGAGGCUGUGUUGCUACAUGAGAAACUUUAUGAGUUGGAGUCCCAUCGAGAUCAAAUGAUUGCAGAAGACAAAAGUGUGGGAUCUCCCAUGGAAGAGAGGGAGAGGUUACUUAAGCAGGUUAAAGAAGAUAAUCAGGAAAUAGCCAGUAUGGAGAGACAGUUAACAGAUAUAAAGGAAAAAAUUAAUCAGUUUAGUGAAGAAAUCAGACAACUUGACAUGGACUUAGAAGAGCACCAAGGUGAAAUGAAUCAGAAAUACAAGGAACUUAAAAAAAGGGAGGAAAAUAUGGAUGCAUUUAUAGCGACAUUUGAGGAGACUAAGACUCGGGAGCUGGAACGGAAGGUGCAGACAGAAGCCAGCAUUGUUGCCCUGUUGGAGCAUUGUAGUCGGAAUAUAAAUCGAAUGAAACAGAUAUCCUCUAUCACCAAUCACGAGCUAAAGAUGAUGCAGGAUGACCUCAAUUUUAAAUCUACUGAGAUGCAGAAAUCACAGACUACAGCUAGGAACUUGACUUCAGACAGUCAGCGUCUGCAGUUGGAUCUACAGAAAAUGGAGCUCCUGGAGAGCAAGAUGACGGAGGAACAGCAGUCUCUGAAAAACAAAAUUAAGCAAAUGACUGCUGACCUGGACACCUACAGUGACUUGGCAGCUUUAAAAUCAUCAGGCGAAGAAAAGAAGAUGAAAUUACAUCAAGAAAGAACAAUAUUAUCAACUCGCAGAAAUGCCUUCAAGAAAACAAUGGAGAAGCUGACCGCGGAUUAUGAGACACUAAAAACACAGCUGCAAGAAAAUGAGACACACAUUCAGCUUACAAAUUUGGAGAGAAAGUGGCAGCACCUCGAACAAAAUAAUUUCGUGAUGAAAGAAUUCAUAGCAACCAAGAGUCAAGAGAGUGAUUAUCAGCCUGUUAUUAAAAAUGUGAUGAAGCAGAUUGCAGAGUACAAUAAAACCAUCAUGGAUGCUCUACAUAACGCCAGCAGAACCUGACCCUGAGUCAAUUGAUAGUCUGUAGAAGUGUCUUCCAGUCCACUAAUAGUAAAGCAGCUUAUCUUUGAAGAGUUACACCCAAAUUUUUUGAAUGCUAUGAUUCUUGUGACCUUUUUAAAAGGUAUCUUAGUGUAAUAGUUCAAUAAAGUGUUUGCAU